AUGGACAAAAAAAAUGUUGUUGUACUUGGCGCAGGUGUUAUCGGUUUAACCGUUGCAACAUUUUUAUUAAAACAAGAAAAAGGGAUUAAAGUUCAUAUAAUUGCAAACAUUUUUCCAAAUGAUCCUGAGGCUUCAACUUAUAAAUAUACGAGUACAGUUGCCGGAGCGCAUUGGAGAAGCCAUUCCGAUACUGACCCUAGACAACAAGGAUUUGAGGAAUCAACUUAUAAUUAUUUUUGGGAACUUGCUAAUAGAAAUAUGUCAAACGUAACUGGAGUUAUGGUCAUUGAUGAAUUUAAUUAUUGGGAAAAAUCCGAUAAUUUCGUUGAUCCUUGGUACAGUAGAGUAUGUCACGAGUAUCGACGUUUGGAAAAAAAUGAAUUGCCAGAUGGGGUUGAAUUAGGAAUUAAAUAUAAAUCACUCUCUAUUAAUCCGUUAACCUAUCUUAACUACCUUCUCAGCACCUUCAUCUUCUUAGGUGGCACUACAGAACAUGCCGAGAUCAAUCAUUUAGAUGAAUGUGUUCGAGAAGAUACUGAUAUUUUGAUCAAUUGUUCAGGAUAUAAUGCCAGAACAUUAAAAGGUGUUGAAGACUCUAAAGUCUAUCCUGUGAGGGGCCAAUCAAUAGUUAUGCAAUUAUCUCAGUCAUGUUUGAAUUGGGCAUGUUUUCGACAUGGCUAUUAUGGAGAUACUGGAGUAGAAACAUACAUCAUACCGCGCGAAAAUGGUGAAGUAAUUAUUGGUGGAACUCGCGAGGAAAAUAAUUCUUCUACAGAGAUUGAGCAUGAUACAGCUUCAAAAAUUAUUCAGAGAUGUUUUGCCACUCGUCCAGAUCUUUUGCCAGAAGAUACCAAAAUCGAACUAAAACUUAAAGGACACCGAGUUGGUCUGCGACCUUACCGUAAAGGCGGCAUAAGAGUUGAGGCCGAAUGGAAAGAAUGUGAAAACUUUAACAACAAAAAAGUUCUCGUUUGUCAUAAUUACGGUCACGGUGGUGUUG